GGGAGCUCUGCAUUUGACAAGCUUCGGGUCGCUCCAUCAGGACACAACGUCAGGAUGCGACAUCUGUAGGUACACAUGAGCUUUGAAGCUGAUGGCCGAAGGAGUAGGAAUGCAGAUACGUGCAGAGUUAUCGAAUUGGAAAAGGACGUGAUAGGAUAACGCGAGAGUUUAGAACGCCCAACCCCCAUUUCCUCAUUCCCCCACCAUUCCAUUCUCAACUUUCAUCGCUUCUCUGCCCCGCGUCCGGCAGUUCAAGCUGCUCGCAACACCAAAAUAAAUCUUCACACUUCCUACUCCAGGCCUCCCAACCAAACACCCAAAUAUAUACUACCAGUCAUCAUGCUUCGCCGCCCUGCGACCGUUCUAUCCCUCACUCCAGAGGACAUCGCCGACUACGAAGACCGUGCCGCUGACCGCUUGCGCGCUGCCGAGCUCGAGGCCCGCCAACAAGUCGCCGAAGCCCGCGCCCGCACUCGACACGACACGUCUUCGACAGCAGCCGCUCUCCGCCGGGCUGCUCUCGCCGCCACACCCACCGCUGGGCCUUCAGCGGGACGGUACAACAACAAUGGCGGCGGGAUAGACUUCCACGGCACUAGGGUGCUCACGAGCCCAGCCGAGCACCAAUUCAGCGACGAAGAACAGAGCGACGACUCGGAGGCGGAAACCUCAUACUACGCGAGGGCCCAGUCCCAGGCAGCCCGCGUCAGCUUCAGCCGAGGCCAGGUCUUUGCCGCGCAGCAACCCCAUCUCCUCGAUGACGAUGUGGACGACGAAGAAGAAGAGGAGGAGCUGGGGGAGGCAGAGCUGGAGGAAAUGAGCGAAGGAUCCAUGGACAACCAUCACGCACCCAACCCACGACACCACCACAACCACCACCCCCACCACCGCGAGCAGCACCCCCCACAAGACAACUUCCUUCUCAACGCCCAGGCCGGCCCAGCCGCGCCAGCAGAAACGCCCACCAACCCGCGCGAAACCCGCCACAACCCCAACAACCCCAUGCAACCCCCUCCGAUCCAACAGCGCCGAACCCGCGAACGUACCGCCGACCGCGACACCGCAACGCCCCCAGCCCGCGAAACACGCCGCGGCGGCGGCGGCAACCUGCAUACCCAACCCCCCACCACCAGCACCACCACCACUACCUCAACCACAGAACCACCACCCCCACCCACCCGCGAAACACGCACCCGCGGCCGCGGCACGCGCGGUCCGACCUCCUCCCCGCCACCGACGCGCGCUGCGACGCGGCUGCAUGGCCAGCAGCAGUCGCAGUCGCAGCAGGGUGUAGUUGAUCCGUCGACGGCUGUCACGCCGGCGGGGGCAACAGCGGCGGCGGUGGCGGUGCCGACGGUGCGCGAGACGCGGCAGCGGGGGCAGGGGCUGGGGCAGGUGCAGGGGCAGGCUUCGAUGGCGGGGGGGUUGGGGGUUGUUGGAGCGGGGGUUGGGGGACGGGCUGUUUCUGGGGCGGGGGCUGGAGUCGGGAGUGGUGCUGGGGUAGGGAGUGGUAUGGGGGGUGGUGUGAGGAGUGCUGCGGCGGCGGCCGCGGCGGUUACGCCCGAGGCGCGGGUGCAGCGGAGUCGGGAUGAGAGGAUCGGGGUUGCGGCGCCGAGGAGGGGGCGGUCGCAUCAGUGAUUUCUUUUUAUUAAGGUUAAGGAAGAAAUGGGGGGCUUGUGCGUGUGUGUGG